AUGUAUGAUCCGGCCCGGGAUCGCUACACUGCAUCUGACGAAUCACUCGCUCACAAUGCAACGAAACACUCCACACAGGAUGCCAGUCAAUUGUCCAGCCAAGACAAGUCAGUGGCUGGCCAGGACUCACAGGAGAGAGAAGCAAAGGAGCAUCCGCCAGUCCACUCAGACACUUGUCGCUUUCAGCCAUUGUGGAGAAUAGCGCUAACUUCAGUCGACGCAAAGGGCGCACUUCCAUCUCCCAGGAGUUCCACCACAGCUGCCAACAACUUUCAAAAUCCUACGAUAGCCCUCCAAGACAAUUCGCCUCUAGAUCCAAUGGAGCCCUCGAAAAAGGACAAUUCUGCUUUACCCUCCGAAGACGUUCCGAUCCACCAGGCAAGCACGUCUCCAAGUCGGCCAGAAGCACCUAGUUCCCUGACAGCCAAAAGCGCAAAUCAAACGCAAACGGAGAAAUCUCCAACUGGGGGAACGCAUAGCGACAAAAAGAGAAAACUCCCGGCCGUUGACCAACCGACUGAGAAUCCAACAAUUGACAAAGAUCAACCCCGGUCGAAACGGAAAAGGGUUCAGGAACGCGUUCAGAGGAAUCGGAAGCGGGGGAAAACUCCUCCAUCCGCUUACUCUCGUCGAGAUGAUGCCCUUUCGCAGCUUCCCAGAUCACCAUCACCAAUCCGUUCACCUUCCCCUGCUGCCCCUGUGCGCCAGCGCAAGCGACCAGGCGGCGGAGCACGCGUCAAUGCUGCAAACGUCGAGGCUUUGAGGCGGAAGCAGGAAGAAAGAGAACGGCAACGACAAGAAGAGGCGCAAAGGGAACUGCGUGACCGUGGAGUGCAUGACGUGGUUCGACAGCAUUACAAUGCCGUGCCAGAGCGAGGAAGAGAAUGGAGGAAGACGGAUAGCAAGAUCAAGGGACUUCGAAGUUUCAACAAUUGGGUUAAGAGUACGAUUAUUCAAAAGUUCUCACCAGAUGAAGAAUUCUUGGCCAGUAAUACCGGUAACGGUUGGACUGCAGGAUCGGGGGAGGAAGAAAAGAGGUUAAUUGUGCUCGACGUCGGAUGCGGUAAAGGUGGUGAUUUGGGGAAGUGGCAGCAAGCACCGCAGCCUAUUGAGCUCUAUGUUGGCCUGGACCCUGCAGAAGUGUCUAUCAACCAGGCUAGAGACCGAUACAACGGUAUGAGAAACGAUAGAAGGCGGCGGAGAGGUCACCCUCUUUACCACGCCGAGUUUCAUCCAAAGGACUGUUUUGGCGAAUGGCUUGGCGACCUAUCUAUCAUUCAACGUGUUGGUAUUGAUGGUAACAUUGGCCCCAAUGGAUCGCUAAUGAGUUCUCGUUGGGGCGGCGGCGGGUUUGACAUCGUGGCUUCAAUGUUUACUAUGCACUACGCGUUUGAAAGCGAAGAGAAAGCAAGGCAAAUGCUACAGAAUGUUGCAGGGGCGCUCAAGAAGGGUGGCAGAUUCCUCGGUGUCGGACCAAAUUCGGACGUUCUCAGUGCCAAAGUAGCUGAGUUCCACAAGAAACGCAAGGAAACAUUGGCUGCAACGGGGACGGAGGACACCAACGGUAAGCAAGAAGGAAAAGAUGCGGAUGAUGCGUUGGAAUGGGGAAAUAGUAUCUACCGUGUGAGAUUCCCCGGCGAGACUCCCGAAGAUGGAGUAUUUCGACCGGCAUUUGGCUGGAAGUACAGUUACUUCAUGGAAGAAGCGGUCGAAGAGGUUCCGGAGUAUGUGGUGCCUUGGGAGGCAUUUCGAGCGUGA